AUGACCGCAAGAUAUCAACCUGAUAGAAAUAAUCCGCUUUUCAAUCGAUUUUCAAGUGAAGAAUAUAUUUCACUACCACCAUUUAAAACUCAACAACAGAAAGACACUUCAGUUUAUAAUACAUCAACUAAUAAUCAGUAUCAACAUUUAACUAAUCAGUUACCCAGUAAAGAAUAUUUACCACCUAAUAGUGAAGAUUUUCAAAUCAUGUCAAGAAUUAAAUCAAGUGAAAAAGAUCCAUUACAAAGAUUAGAAGUUGAAACAGCUUCUAGUUCUUCGGUACCAAUUUCAUUUCCUUAUUAUUAUAUUGAAAGUGCAGCUAAUUCAAUUAGUUCCCAUAAAGAAGAAUCUACUCCAGUGUUUAGUAAUAUUUCCCAUAAUUUACCCCCGGUACCAACAAAAUCAGUUAAUGAUGAAAUAAAAAGUGAAGGUUUUAAUCAAGUACCGAAAAGAUUCUCCCAAUUUGUUAGGGAACAACAUGUACCUUACAAUAGACAUCAAAGUACAUCCACAAGUAAUUCAUCAUCAUUAGGUUCAGAAUCUGAUACUCCAGUAAAGAGAAAAUCCCAUUCAACCUUAGGAGGUUUAGGGCCAAGAGCUAAAACAGCAUCUAUGGCAUCAAACCCCUUAAGGACUCCACCUUUAGGAAGUGGAUUGAAUCGUCAAAUUUCUGAAUCAAUGGGUUCUCAGGCUACAAUUUUUUCAACCCGUUUGGAAGGUGAAAAUAACAAUGUUCGUAGAAGAAGAGUACAAAAAUCACAAAGUGAUAAUUCUUUAACCAGAAGAAACGCCAUAAGGUUUAAGGAAGGAGGACUUCUUUAUAGAAUGAAAUUAAGAUUGAAGAAAUGGUUAAACAAUCUUCGUAGAUUGAGAUUCCAUAAAACUGCCUCAUCUAAGAGAAUGUCUAGAAACAAUUCUGUUAAGAAUAAAUCUUUGAAGAGGAAAGGUAAGAAACCAGGUAUGAAGAAAAUCAUGAAUAUAAGUGCACCAAUUGCCAAUCCAAAUUUAGGUAAAGAGCCAGUCAAAAGAGUAAGAGAAUUAGAUGAUGAUUUAAAAUAUGAAGCUGGAGCACCAAUGGAAAAUGUUAAUUUACUGGAUGAAGCUAAGAAAGAUUCCAAAUUAAGUCAUUUGGAUGAAUACAUUGGUCAACAACAAGGAUUGUAUUUCAGUGACAUUGAAAGUAAAACCAAUUCCAUAAAUUAUGGUAGAGAUCAAUCAUUGAAAGAAAUCAAAGCUAAUGCUAAACAUAGACCAAGUAAAUCCAAAAACAAGAUUGAUGAAAUUGAAGAAGUUCCUUUAAGUGAAUAUUCAAGUAUUGCUCCACCACCUCCAAAACAUGGAGAUGAAACUGUUAUCAGCGAUUAUCAUGAUAUGGUUGAUCUCUGGAGGAAAUAUUUAUUCUUUGUAUUAUACAAAAGAAUCCAGUUAAGACAGGAAAUCUCCAUGUUUCAAACUAUGUUAGCUAGUGAAGAUUUGAAAUCCAGAAAAUUAAGUAUUGGAUCUCAAUUAAACAGUAUUUAUGAAGUUGAAUCUAAAUCAGAAGAUACCAUUUCAGAGUCAGGUACUUUGGCAUCAUCUUAUGAAACGAUAUCAACUGUUUCACAAGUUCAAGACAUUAAAGGUGUUGAUGAUCUUGUUAAUGUUGACGUUGAAGAUGAAAUAGAAAGUGAUUUUGAAACUGAAAUCGAAACUGAACUUUCUGAAGGUAUUGUCAUACAUCAAUUCAUUCCUGAUGCAAAUGAUGAAAGAUUCAAUAAGCGUUAUACCAGUACUAAUAGACAAUCAGUUUUAGGAGAUAUGUUAGAAUAUGAAUCUGACGAUGAACUGACUAUAAGUUCAGUAUCUUCCAAUAAUUAUCAAUCAGUUACUGAAAGAAGUAAUAGUAUACUAGGAUCAAAUAUUGCUAUUGAUAAACAAUAUAGUGUUAAACACAAAAAUUUAUCAAGAUCAAUGAGUACAAUGUCAGGUACUAAAAGUCCCAUCAAAAGAUCUAAUGGAUAUCAACUAGAUCUUCAUUUAGCAUCAUAG